GGCCUCCGGCAAAGUUCUCUCUCUCUCUCUCUCUCUCUCUAAUCCGUAUCUUCCCCCCCAGUUUGGCCGCAUAGGUUUUGCUCUCUGCAAUUCGCAACUCGCAACUCGCUCUCCUUCCCUGCAAUUCAUCCAAUCUUCUCCUCCCUUUUCUCUUUUUAAAUUUAAAAUUUCUAAAUACUCUUUCCGUUUUCUAUCCCAAACCGAAAUGAAAUUCAGAAGGUUUCCUCUGAGAUAUCGGUAACGAGAGUUAGGGUUUUUCGCUCGUUAUCAGGGACCGUCACAAACUAGCGGUAAGACCUUUGAGUGAGCGGGUUAUUGCAUUAUUGCGUUCUGAUUUAGUCGAUCUGGCAAUGGAUUCGCGAGAUUCAUCCUCAUCGACGGCAACCAAUCGUGAUGUCUCCGCAACUGAUGACGACGGGGUACUCUCCGUCACUGCCGCACUCGCUAAGGACGCCGCUCUCUACUUCCAGUCCCGCAAGUUCGCGGAGUGCAUCGAGGUCUUGAAUCAGCUCAGACAGAAGAAAGAAGACGAUCCGAAGGUCCUUCACAAUAUUGCUGUCGCGGAAUACUUUAGAGAUGGUUGUUCAGAUCCAAAGAAGUUGCUUGAAGCACUUAACAGUGUGAAGAAGCGGAGUGAAGAGCUUGUUUGUGCAUCUGGAGAGCAGGUGGAGGCUGUUAGCAAUCUUGGAAAUAAAGUAAUUUUGGGAUCUAAAGGAAACAAUACUGCAGCAAACAGCACCAGUAUCGUAUACAUGGAUGAAUUUGAUACGUCUGUGGCAACACUUAACAGUGCAAUUGUUUGGUUCCAUCUUCAUGAAUAUUCAAAGGCACUAUCGGUUUUAGAGCCUUUGUUUCAAAAUAUUGAACCAAUAGAUGAGACAACAGCUCUUCAAAUCUGUCUCUUGUUGCUGGAUGUUGCGCUACCUUGUGGUGAUGCAUCCAAGUCUGUGGAUGUGUUAAAUUAUCUGGAGAAAGCUUUUGGUGUUGGCUUUGUGGCUCCAAGUGAAAAUGGUAGCGCAGGACAACAGCAGCCCAUGAAUCUGGUUUCAAAAUCUUCUGUUCCAAAUAGUUCAUUGAGCACAGAUGCUUCUGGUUCAGAUUUAGCUGCAAGUAUUAGUGCUUCAGAAAGUCCUCUAUCGAGAACUCUAUCGGAGGAAACACUUGAGUAUGAUAAUGUAUUGUUAGAAAUUGGGGGACAAAACUUAGUUAGGUCUGUCGGUCUCUCGCAUUCAAAUGAUCUUUCAAGGGCCACUGUUGACAGUUCUAUCUCCACUGUUGAUCUGAAGCUGAAGUUGCAGCUUUACAAGGUCAGAUUUUUGCUUCUCACUAGAAACCUGAAGCUGGCUAAGCGAGAAGUCAAGCAUGCAAUGAACAUUGCACGUGGGCGUGACUCAUCGGUGGCUCUCCUAUUGAAGUCACAGCUUGAAUAUGCUCGUGGAAAUCACCGUAAAGCCAUCAAAUUGUUAAUGGCGUCAAGUAACCGAGCAGAAACAGGAAUUUCAAGCAUGUUCAACAACAAUCUGGGUUGCAUUUACUAUCGCCUUGGUAAAUAUCAUACAUCAUCAGUGUUAUUUUCCAAGGCACUAAGUAAUGGUUCCACUCUUCGGAAAGAGAAGCCUAUGAAGCUAUUAAGUUUUUCACAGGAUAAAUCUCUCCUAGUAACAUAUAAUUGUGGUGUGCUCUAUCUGGCCUCUGGAAAACCUGUACUUGCUGCUCAUUGUUUCCAGAAGGCAAGCCUGGUUUUUUAUAAACAACCUCUUUUGUGGCUUCGUCUUGCUGAAUGCUGUCUGAUGGCUUUACAGAAGGGUCUUUUGAAUACUCAGGCUUCCUCUGAUAGAUCAGAGGUCAGAGUCCAUGUUAUUGGCAAGGGGAAAUGGCGGCAGCUUGUAAUGGAAGACAGGAUUUCAAGAAACGGACUCGUGGAUCCCGCUGAGAAAGAUGACAUGUUUUUGGGUAUUGAAGGGCAGCCGAAGCUUUCUUUGUCCCUCGCUCGGCAAUGCCUAUUUAAUGCCAUGCACUUGCUUAAUAGUUCUGAUUUGCAUUUUCCUAAGUCUGGCCUGCCCAACAUUUCAUCCUUGGAGGAAAAUGGAUCGAGUGAAGCAGGACUAUCCAAGAGUUCUAACCACAAAAAUUUACACACCAUUGAUCCCAAGGCAUCUAGUAUACCGAUUGGUUCAGGCCAGGUUAAUGCAAAUGGGGAUGUUAAAGAACAGAAGGGAGGAACAAACCAGGAGAUUGUGCAGAAUUCUAUCUCUUGUUAUAGAGGUAUAUGUGGAAGGGAAAGUCUUAUGAUUAAGCAAACUCUUCUUGCUAACCUGGCGUUUGUAGAGUUGGAGUUAGAAAACCCUUUGAAAGCUUUAUCAACUGCGAGAUCUCUAUUGGAGCUUCCGGAUUGUUCAAGAAUAUAUAUCUUUCUAGGACAUGUUUACGCGGCGGAGGCUCUCUGCUUGCUGCAUCGGCCAAAAGAGGCUGCUGAACAUUUGUCAACAUAUUUGUCUGGAGGAAAUACUGUUGAACUGCCAUUCCAGCAAGAGGAUUGUGAGCAGUGGCAAGGCGAAAGAACUGUCGAUUGUGAGGAGUUGAAUGGGGGACCAGCAACUGCCAAGGGUUCUUCUCUGGAGGAGCCUCGAGACUUUAUGUUGAUGAAUCCGGACGAGGCACGUGGAACCCUUUAUGCAAACCUUGCUGCUGUGUACGCGGUACAAGGUGAUCUCGAGAAGGCCCAUCACUUUUUGCUGCAGGCCAUGUCCCUGGUACCCAACAGGCCUGAAGCUACUCUCACUGCAAUUUAUGUCGACCUCGAGCUUGGUAAAUCACAAGAAGCUCUUGCCAAGUUAAAACAAUGUAGUCAUAUCAGAUUCCUUCCUAGUGGCUUACAACUGAAUAAAUCUUCUUGAUGAUGUAUUGUUGGCUUUAAUUCAUUGCGUCUGUUCCCCCUCUGGCAGCACACUAGGUAGCAGCAGGUAGAUCAGCAAUCCUUUUAGAGGAUUUGUAACAUAUAUAUAGUUCAAUUCAGAGAAUAAGUUUUUCUCUCCUUUUUUUUUUUUAGUCUUUUCUUUCUUACAUCUAGGUUUUCAUUAAUCAUUGGUGCGGCCAAGUGUUUUGGUAAGAGCAGGAUGCCCGCCUUCCAAAUUUGAGAUGUAAUUCUGAUUCAGAUUCUUGUGGUUUUGUGGCUAAUUAAUUUCUUAUUCAAGUAUAGAAUGACCGGUCGUGUUCU